GAGAGGGGGAAAUAUCCCACCCCAGCCAGCCAAGAGAAGAGUGAAGACCCCCCACUUUCUCCCCUGAAGGCUCAAGAGGAAAGGGUGUUUUGCAUGCCUCCCAGAUGCCAAGACAGCUGCGGUUCCCCCUCGACGCCCCCUCCUGAGCUUUUUCUUUUUUCUCUCUCUCCUUUUGAGUGGGUCUUUUUUUUUUAAAAGAUGCCCAAAGAAGGUCGCAACUUUGCUUCACUUUAAGACGCUCCCCAAAACACGAGUGGAUCCGCUGCAGGAAGGAAGCAUAAAAGGGGAGCCCACGAAAACAGCCUUUCUUUAGUUUAGAAAUAUUGAGAAAUAUUCAGCUUUUUUUCAAAAAUCCAAAUCCCUGCCUCGCGCCUGGGAAAAUGCAUUGGAAAACCGGGAAUAUCAAAGAGGAAAGGUACUACUUGCAGGACCGUUCCGACGGGCUGGGCGGCUCAUCCCCGGGCGGCGGGCGCCUCUCGCAGCUCUCUUCGCUGAACCAGGCGGCGGCGGCGGCGGCUGCAGCGGCGGCGGCGGCCUAUUCCUCGGCGCCGCCUCCGCCCUUGUGCCACACGCCGGCCUCGGACUUCCAGCCGCCCUACUUCCCGCCGCCCUACCCGCAGCCCCCGCUGCCCUACGCCGCGCAGACCCAGGACAACCCCGGCGGAGGCGGCGGAGGAGGCGGCGGCGGCGGAGGGGGCGGCUAUCCGCACCUGGGCGACCCUUACGCCGCGCUCAACCCGCUCCAGCAUCACCACCACCACCACCACCAGCAGCAGGGCGCCUGGCACGCGCAACGGGCCCGGCAAGAAGAAGCCGUGGCGGCCGCCGCAGCCGCCGGGUUGCUUUCCCAAACGCACCGGGCGCUGGGCUUGGAUCCCAGGGGAGGAGGAGGAGGAGUGGGCUCUUCUUCCUCGGGGCCGCGGGGGCUGCUCCACGGCCUGGCCGAAGGGCCCCACGGCCUGGGAGACGGACACCUCGGCCUCCACGCCUUGGCCCACCCCGCCCUCGACGACAUCCAGGCCAUGGACGAAACUGGCAUGAGCCUCUUGGACCAGUCGGUGAUCAAGAAAGUGCCCAUGCCCUCGAAAGCCAACGGGACCAUCUCCGCCCUGGCCAUGAACAAGGACAGCCUGAUCGGAGGUGUGACGAACCCCAACGAAGUCUUCUGCUCCGUUCCGGGGCGCCUCUCCCUCCUCAGCUCCACCUCCAAGUACAAGGUGACCGUCGGCGAGGUCCAGCGGCGGCUUUCGCCUCCCGAAUGUCUCAACGCCUCUCUGCUUGGCGGAGUCCUCCGGAGGGCCAAAUCCAAAAACGGCGGAAGGUGUUUAAGGGAAAGACUGGAGAAGAUCGGGCUAAAUCUACCUGCCGGGAGACGUAAAGCGGCCAAUGUUACCUUGCUGACGUCGCUGGUGGAAGGAGAAGCUGUUCAUCUGGCUCGGGAUUUUGGUUACGUCUGUGAGACGGAGUUUCCGGCCAAAGCCGCAGCAGAAUUCCUUUGUCGGCAGCACGCGGAUCCCGGCGAACUCCAUGCGCGGAAGAAUAUGCUCCUGGCAACAAAGCAAAUCUGCAAGGAGUUUUCGGACAUGAUGGCCCAGGACCGCUCUCCACUGGGGAACAGCCGCCCCUCCUUCAUCCUGGAGCCCGGCGUCCAGAGCUGCCUGACCCACUUCAGCCUCAUCACGCACGGCUUCGGGGGGCCGGCCAUCAGCGCGGCCCUCACCGCCUUCCAGAACUACUUGGUGGAGUCGCUCAAGGGCCUCGACAAAAUGUUCUUGAACAGCACGGGCAACGGGCACCCCGUGGGGGACUCCAAAACGGCAGAGAAGGAUGUCAAGCACCGGAAAUGACGCCACCGGCCCCGCCGUUGCUUUCUUAGCCGGCCCCGAUCCCCGGAGGGGGUCCCUUCCCAGUUCGCGAGCGAAAAGACCAAGAGGCCUCCUUGGUUCCUAUCAGCGUCGGGAAAGUUGAAAAGAAUCGAGCCCCCGGACUCCUUGUUCCCCUCAUGUUUUCCAAACUGUGACCGAUGCGUUUCCGGAACCCAGUGGAGAAACCAUGAAGAUAGAGAAGGACCUUUCCGUUGAGACGGACGCUUUCUGGACACACGUUUUAGGUGCCGGAAGCCAGGUUCGAUGUGCAAUGAUUUCCCCCGUUUUGUUUUCCCUUUGGAAGUCCAGAGUUGUAAAAUAGUAAGAUGGUUCAAUGAGGAGAAAAAAGACGUGAGAUGGAGAACUUCUUGGAUGGGAUCGAGAACGGCUUAAGGUCAGGAGGACCAUGGACGAAAAAGACGUGUUUUACGGGGGAUUGCAGGGGAGGAAAUGGCGUACCUUUCAAAUGGCUCUUUGGCCGAUGAGAAAGUAACUUUUCCAAGGAUGUUAAACGUCCUUCAGCCUUGGAAGUCAAUAUGGAUUUUCCUUAUGGGAGACAUACACAUCAGUACACAUAUAGUCAUCCACGUUUGUUGGCGUUCGAGGCACAGGAUUCCCAAGAAAGUGAAAAAAUUGUGAAAAUAUAAAGAAAUUGCUAUCUUUUAUUAACCUAAGAAUUUCUAAGUCUUCCAGCACAACUUCAUGGUCAUUUCUUUAGCCAUUUCUAUGUCCUCCAGCAGGACUUUAUGGUCAACUUCUGGCCAUAGUAUCAUAUUGGAUGAUCAAGAAGUGUCCUUCCUAGAAAGCUCUAGGUCCUCCAGCAUUGGAGGACCAUCUCCAUAGAGCCGCGUUGGAAGACUUAGAAAGCUCCUAGAGAGAACAUUUUUCAAUCAAAUCCAUGCAAAAGCCCCAAACGCAAAUGCAGAAAGACAACUGUACAACUCCUUGGGACCUUUCCUUGCGAAAGGAAGAGCAUUUCAACAAAUCCUCCCAUUUAUCGAAGUGUGAUCCAAUCAAUCCAGCGAAAUUAUACGACCGUUCUCGACUUUUUUUUUUUGCCCAGCAUUAGUAAUAAUAUUAAAGAGUGUCUAAAUAAUAAUAAUUAUAAUAAAUUAAUAAAUGAUGAAAGCACAAGAAGCAGACCUUGAAGGAGGCCAAACUGAACUGUUUUGAAAUUCUGUGUAUAUUUAUUUAUGUGUAAUUAAAUCAAGAAAGUUUUUAAAUGUCCA